UAAAGAGCCCUGGAACUCUCGAGCGGCUCGUAUCGGCGAGGGUUUAGGCACACCAGGUCAGAUUCCGGUGGUCUGCUCCGACUCCGUUCGCGACAGGGACGCGAUCCCCUUCCUCUGGCCGCCGCCCGCCGCCGCCGCCGCCUGCCGCGAUGCCUCGGUAUUACUGCGACUACUGCGACACCUACCUCACCCAUGACUCGCCAUCUGUCCGUAAGCAACACAAUGCUGGAUACAAACACAAGGCGAAUGUUCGAACAUACUAUCAGCAAUUUGAGGAGCAGCAAACUCAAAGUUUAAUUGAUCAAAGAAUCAAGGAACAUCUCGGACAAGCUGCGGCUUUUCAAGUAGGUGCCCCUUUCAACCAACAUCUGCUCUCAUUCCCAGGAGCCAUGGCCCGCCCUCGCCUUCCAAUUCUGCCAACCCCUGGCAUGCCUCACGGAUUCCCUCAAGCACCGGGUGCACCAUUGAUGCCAGGAAUGAGGCCCCCAAUUUUACCAGCUCCUGGUGUUCCAGGUUAUCCUGGUGGCCCACCAACCAUGCAGCAACCAGGUGCCCCACCAACCAUGCCACAACCAGGCGGCCCUCCAACCAUGCCACAACCAGGCGGCCCUCCUGGCUCCGUGCCACAACCAGGUGCCCCGCCUGGUUCGGUUCCGAUGCAGAUAGCUCCUCUCCCAAGGCCUCCAACACUACCACCUCCAACAUCUGGGGUCCCAGGAGCCCCCAUUCCUAACAGCACAGCACCUCCAGCCAUGUACCAAACGAAUCCACCACCACCUGCAGGCCCAACUUCUGGUGCUCCUCCGGCUCCACCGUCUGCUCCGCAGCCUGCAUUCUCCUAUGCGCAACCAUCUGAGGGCAACCACUGAUUCUGUUCCUCAGGCAUAUGAAGUAUGUGCAGAAAGGCUGCUCAUUUGAACGUUCGGUGGUGCCAUCAUUUAACUGAGACCAUUUCGAUAGGUCUGUUGCUUGAAUCUGAGGGAUUGUUGAGAAAAGCUUCCUCGGUGCGGUUGGGGGCUAGUUGAUGUAAGUUAACUAUGUAAUUGACUGAAGUCUAUUAAUUUCAGAGAGACGCUUGAAAGUCAAAACUAGGUUUUCUUUGUGAUACAUAUUUCUGUGGCAUGCGAUGCUUGAACUUGAUAACAUAUCUACAUGUUGUAACUCGUCAGUAUUCAUUUCCUGAGAUGAGUUUGCUUAAUGCCCCUUUUA